AUGUUGAAGAGCUCCCCGGCGCUGGAGACCUCCUUUGUCUCUGCUCCCUGGGCAAACACAAGUCCCUUUUUGUUCCUCUUAAUCUCCACCCGCCUGCUCAGGACCUCGGUCCGCUCACAAAGAGGUCCUGGAGCCAGUCAUUAUACAGCUCCAACAUGUAGGCCGAGACCUACGGAGAGAGUAGCACGAAGAGGAGAGAUGAGCGGAGACGAGAGGAAAAGUGGGAAGGAAAGGAGAGAGGAGAGGAGAAAAAUGAGAGAGGACAGGGGAGAGGAGAGAAAAUGAGAAGAGAGGAGACGAGUCGAGAGGAGAUGGAUGUCCUUUUAUGUUUACUAUAAGGUAUAUUUGUUUCUUGUUGCUGAUGUACAAUAGGGAAAUUGUUUCUCCUCGCUCAGUGAGACUUCUCAGCCCUCACCUUGAAGUCAAACUUGGUGGCAUUCUCUAGGAGGAUGUCAAAUAUGGCAUUGAACGCUCUCUGCAUGCAUGAUGCCUGGGCUUCUCUGGUCUCUGUCACUCACCACGGUGAAGGUCUUUCUGGAGCCUGUCUGACUGUACGCAAAGAUACAGGCUGACGUCGACGGCUGACUGGAUCAGCCUGGAAACAUGACUGUGGGUUCGAUUCCCACGGAGGGCCAGUAUAAAAAAAAAUAUUUAAAAAAUGUAUGCACUCACUAACUGUAAGUCGCUCUGGAUAAGAGCGUCUGCUAAAUGACUCAAAUGUAAAUGUAAAAUGGUUCAAACAGGGAUGCUUAAUGUCCUCAAGAGCUACUGUGGGCCAGCGAAAACAUUGACAACAAUCAAGACCAGGGGGUUGGGUUUAGUUAAACAUUGGUGUGUACAACAAGCACAAAAUUCUCAACUGAAAAAAUACCUUUGAAUACACUUCCAGUUCCACCACCUCAACCAAACCCAUUUAACCCCUGAUUAUGCUCAAUCAAUCACAGUGCUCUGUGCUGUAUUUCGUGACAGACUUGCUGAAUCUGAGAUAGGGGUAAAAGGGGUUAGGGAUGGGCUUUGGCAGAGGCUUUGAGAAGGGUGGAUACCUCCUUUCGUCCUUUCUUGUUUCCUUUAGUUCAAUUUUAACCAAUAAAAGAUUGGCAGCAUCACAUGUUGGUAUCUUGGAACACAUCUUCCUGGUCGAACCGGAACGCUCUUGGCCCCGUUGGGGUUUCCACGGUAACAGAGUAAUCGUCCAGACGCUUCACGGCAAUGGCCCCUCCCUGACCUGCCUUGGCCGGGCUCAUUGGACAGAACACCCAAAUUGUACCUGCACCAUGACAAAACAACUGCAAAGGUCAAACGGCCCCACACUGUACAGUACUGAAAUUGCACCUAAGCUUAAGAUCAGCUAAAAUAGUCUUUGGGCACGCAAAAGACCCGCGUUCAAACCUAGUCGGUCACAAUGAUAGAUAACUACCUUUCAUGUCCUCCAAAAUGUUAUAGUAUUUCUUCCUCAUGGUCCUCUCUGAAGUGUAGUUCUCUACGACCUUCCUAUUCUCCUCUCUUACAUUACUACUUAAUGUUCUAGCUAGCUAGCUAGCUAUAGACUAGCUGUUUUAACAGUCUUUGUUUGAACAGCUUACCUGGUGUUGCAGCAAUAAGAGUUGCUGGCCAAUGCUUUUCACUCCCUCACCCCUCUUCAAAAUAUCAUGUAACUCUGGAGCUGUGUCACGGUCUGAGAGAGUGGAGAGGGACAGUGCCUUUGGAAAGUAUUCAGACCCCUUCACUUUUUUCCACAUUUUGUUACGUUACAGCCUUAUUCUAAAAUUGAUUAAAUCGUUUUUUUCCCUCAUCAAUCUACACAUAAUACUCCAUAAUGACAAAGGAAAAACAGGUUUUCAGAAAUGUUUGCAAAUGUAUUAAAAAUAAAAAACAAAAAUAUUACAUUUACAUAAGUAUUCAGACCAUUUACGCAAAACACUGUUAAAGCACCUUUGGCAGCGAUUACACCCUCAAGAACUUGGUUUUUGCUCUGACAUGCACUGUUAACGGUGGGACCUUAUAUAGACAGGUGUGUGCCUUUCCAAAUCAUGUCCAAUCAAUUGAAUUUACCACAGAUGGACUCCAAUCAAUUUGUAGAAGGAUGAUCAAUGGAAACAGGAUGCACCUGAGCUCUAUUUCGAGUCUCAUAGCAAAGGGUCUGAAUACUUAUGUAAAUAAGGUAUUUAUGUUUUUUAUUUUUAUUAUAUUUGCUACAUUUAUAAAAACCUGUUUUUGCUUUGUCAUUAUGGGGUAUUGUGUGUAGAUGGAUUAGGAAAAAUGUGUAUUUAAUCCAUUUUAGAAUAAGGCUGUAACGUAACAAAAUGUGGAAAAAGGGAAGGGGUCUGAAUACUUUCUGAAUGCACUGUAAGUGCAUAAUAAGUAAUGUAGUGCAGGGUUGUGGUCAAUUAGAAUUGAAGCCUUUCAAUUCAGUAAGUGAUUUAAAAGUUUUAAAAAACUUUUGAAAUAAAUAGCUUAUCUUUUUCGAAAGUCAUUGAAGUCAUUGAAAAUAAAAGCAAUUUUUUGUAUUAUUGAAUUGGAAUUUCAGUUUACUACCUGAAUUGACUGACUCGAAUUGAGCCCAACCCUGCUGUACUCCAUCAUACUACAGAAACAUGUGCAGUUUACAUAUCACGUUGUUACAGAAAUAGAAACAGAGACACAUAGGUAAACAUACGUAGUAGCGACAACGCACACACACACAGACACACACAUUACAUUACCAGAGAGAGAAGGGCUGGCCCCGACUCUGAUACAGUCCAAAGUCUUCUGGGUAAUCUCACAUCCCCUCAGUGUCUCCUGUAGCAAAAGCACAUUAGAUGCAUGCUCAUUUGAUGGGUCCAACCUGUGGUACAGAACGUUAUUCACUCAAAAACAAGAGGCACCAUUUCCAUUUACUUUGGCCCCAUAUCUAAAGGGUGUUAUGUAAUAUAGGGGUUAGUUAUGGUCGCUUUAGUGCUUCCACAAAGGCUGUUUCCAUUCAAAAGGUUGUUGGUUCGAAACCUACCCCAACCCUUAGCCUAACCCGAAACUUAACCAAUCCUAUUUAUUUUCUACAGUUACCCCAACCCCUUACCCUAUCUUCAUGUCCAUAUCCUGGUUCAACCCUAACCCUCAACCCUAAUCCUAACCCUAACUUCAUGUCCAUAUCCCGGUUCAACACUAACCCUAGCCUCAACACUAACCCUCAACCCUAACCAAUUGGGAUUACUUGCCUAAACACAACCACAUUUUUUCUGCCCUUGAGGCAGAGAUGCCCUCAGAACAAGAUUGAAUAAGGAAGAUUCCAUGGCUGGAAAGGAAGCUGCAGUAAUUCAAAGACAUUUUCAUGGGAUGGAAAUCAGCAUUGUAGUUCGUAUACUAACCAUUCUGGGUUAGGAUUGUCCUCCUCUUUGCGGUUGUGGACAUCUGCGGUCAUAUUAUAUUAAAAUGUUUCCAUUUUAGUUAUUUAGCAGACACUCUUAUCCAGAGUGACUUACAGUUAGUGCAUUCAUCUUAAAAUAGCUAGGUGGGACAACCACAUAUCACAGUCAUAGUGAGUACAUUUUUCCUUAAUAAAGUAGUUGUGACAUAUGGACAAGCUUCUCUCUUGCUUGGGCAAAGGCCACACGGUUCUUUAAGGGCCAGUUUUCCAGACACUAAUUAAGCCUAGACCUGGACUAAAAAGCAUUCACAAAGGAGAUUCUCCAUGAAAAGCUAUUUUUAUUCCAGGACAAGGACUAAUCUAUGUCUGGGAAACUGGCCCUCUAAGCAGUGCUCAUGCCUUUGUUUCUUUCCAUAGCCUCAAUGGUGAUAGUAAAGAUCAGUGCUACGUAGUAGUCAAUGCUGAUGCCCUGGGGCAACAUACAGUACAUAAACAUAAUGGAGACUGUUUGAUCUCUCGUUGACAGAUUUUAGUUCUGGGUUUCUUAAAAUCCUUUUUAAAAGACACUGUAUAAUGGAGACAUUUCAAGCAGGCCAUCACAUGGGGGCUGUGCCAUAGAGAUAGGUGGGAUGGUGUCUGCUCUGCAUCCAGGAGCUCAGUAAUCUCUUGUGCAUCCCAAACCACCCCCUAGCCCCUACCAACUUGCUCGGAGGGCCCUCUAUUGUCACAUGUUGCUGACAAAACUCCAAGGGUCUGACUUCCGGACAGUGGAGAGGGGAUCAAAAAACACAGCCAACUUCGGGACACCGUCCUGAAUUGAAUGAUGCAAUUCAUGUUCCACUUUUAAAUAAUAAAACGACCAGGAAAUUCAAAUUAACAAAUCCCGUCUGUCGUUUUACAAGAUAUUAACCUCAGUAACAGUUAAACAUUUAAUUUGGGAGGUAUUUAAUCUGUUACAGUACGUGUCAAGUCUCGAAAUCAGACAUAAACAAAUGCAAAUGGCAUAUAAUUAAGCACGCCUCUCCAUUCUUUUGUAUGAAAUCGCGGAAACUCCAAACAUAUCGCAGUGCGUGUUCAGGAUAGCACUUCGCUCUGAAGCCUGAAGCCUGCAGCCUUGCAGGCUCGGUCGAAGUGUCUAUCUGAGGGUCUAAUUAGACCCUACACUCGAAAUUGUCACUCCCUCAGCUUUGGGACACUUGUUGAAAUGGCGGAGGCGCGCGUGAACUCGCAAAUGGAGGGCCAAGGGGUGGGGAGAAGGGGAAGGGGUGAUUUGGGUCUCUCCCGUUUAUAGACUCUCCUUCAACUUCUCCAGGCGGGCUUGGGCCCUCUCCAGUGGCAGCACUGUGUCACUGCACCACCAUGGACCACAAAGCAUGCUCAGUGCUCAGUGCUCACAGUCACAACCCCACUACACUGAAUGGUAGAAAUUGCCAGUAACCACAGAUCGAGGAUCAGAUUACUCUACCCCCAAUCCUUACCAUAACAAUUAGGGCAAUGAAAGCAAUUUGGGGGAACUUCUAGCAACUCUCCAUAAAAUGGAAUACCUGAUCACAAUGGAAAACAUAUACACUGAGUGAAAGCUGUGAUCACUUAUUGAUGUCACUUGUUAUAUCCACUUCAAUCAGUGUAGAUGAAGAGGUUAAAGAAGGAUUUUUAAGCCUCAAGACAAUUGAGACGUGUAAUUUGUAUGUGUGCCAUUCUGAGGUUGAAUGGACAAGACAAAAUACACUUUCGACACCUUGUAUAGUCCAUGCCCCAAGGAGGGGGUGGGGGGUUUGCGGCAAGUCAAUAUUUGGAAGGUGUUCCUAAUGUUUUGUACACUCAGCGUAUAUUCUGGAUUCUCACACAUGCUCACUCCAAUAUAUCUACUUUGGAUUGUUAUUUCUUGAUUUAUUGUAAAAUCUUGGGUAUUAUAUGUGUAUUUGUAAUGUAUUUGUGAGACAUGCUACGGCACUGUUGGAGCUAGUAACAUAAGCAUUUCACUGCACCUGCUAUAACACCUGCAAAUCUGUGUACGCGACCAAUGAACUUUGAUUUGAUUUGAUUUAAGAUCAUGAAUCAGCUGAUAAUAUGUCAGUACAAAGGUUAAUGACUCAUAUACACACAGAGUGCACAGCAGCAUGACAGCCCAGAUUACAGAUUACAUAGCGAUAGCGACUGAUAAAUCACGAACACCUGGUCUUCUGAUCUGCACACACACGCAAGCACGCAUGCACACACACACGCACACACACAUGCCUCUAGGCAGAAGGAGCAACAGAUGUGAGUAAAGAGGCGAACACGACACUAUCUCUAACAAUGAACUCACUGUGUUUCUUUUCCCACAGAUCAACAUCAGGCCUGUCCCUUAGUCACAUGUCUGACUAUCUUAUGAUUACUGCUCUUGAACUCAAUACUCUACUAUGUGGCUUCACAGAAAUGCUAAACACUUCUCUGGCAUAUGGAUGUGACUGUACCUGCGUAAUGCAGUUCAGCUGACUUGUAGGGGAUGUAGAUCUGGACCUCCAUGACCCCUCUGCUUCCACCCCCUGGGGGCUUCCCUCUCUCAUUUGAGGGCAGAGAUUCAGAUACCUGUCAGCGGUACAGAAACCACACACAGUCUAACAAAAUACGCCAAAUCUUCCUCAUCCUGACUCUUGAGCCAAGCCAUUCCUAAGAAUUCUAGAAAAUGUCAUAGUUUCAUUUCCACCACUGGCUCCCUAAUUCUCUCUGCACCCAAAUAUACCAAUCAUCUCCAACACACUCCCGUUCUGUGAAGGGUGAACCUGUGGCCAUUUUGAGUGUAAAGCAGAAACGUCUGUGUACACUAUCCCUGAUGCAGUUUUAUUUUUACAUCGAAUAAUGAAGUAAGCUUUAUGCAACAUAUUUUUAAGUGCGAACCCAUUACACCUCUGUUUGUCUGAAUUUGCAGGUUUUACGCACCAGCCAAGCUUCUGGGAGAGCGCAAUCGUUCUCUUUUGAUUAGCCAUAUUGAGUGUACCCAUACCAGGAAGUAAAAGCAGGAAGUUCAGCAUCACAUUUUGUGCUUAACUAUGAAAUAAUUUCCAUUCUAGUCAUUUUAUUUAGGGUGAGGCUACAUGACAGAAUCAGACACCGCUUCCCCAGAGCAAAAAAAACCUAAUCACGUUCUGCACGUGUUACAGAGACUGUGAGACAUGCGAGCUGAGACAGUGAGACGGUGUCAUCGGAAGUAGUGUCGUGGGCAACUGUUUUCCUCCAAGUUGAAGACAAACGUUGAUUAUGAAAUGUACUAUCAAUUUAAAGUUUUACAGUUUAUGGUGUCAUGACAGGGUUUGUGCUUGUGCUGACAUGUGUCCAGCUCCUGGUCCAGGUGUGUGUUGUGUACUACUCGGCAUGGCCGGUGGUGCUUGGCCUCCUUCAUCAGGUCAGGGAAACUCUGAGGUAACUCCUCCAGAACUGCCACUGCCACAGGGGCAUGGCCCACCCGCGAGGACCCUACUGACACCUCAGGACAUGGCGACCGGGCGGUCGUCUCCCAAGCGCCUGAGCAAAAUACAACACAGGAUACUGUAUACACCACCAAGAGAUUAGAGACUGGGAGAAGAAGAUAUGUGAAGACAACAUAGAGAUGCCUAAUGACUUGGAUAAAGCAGACAGUGCACGUCACUGAUAGUUUAUAUCAGGGGUGCAGCUUUCACUGGGGAUGGGGGGGCACGUCCCCCCCACAUUCUGAAAUUGCAUUUUUGUCCCCCCCAGUUUUAUAAUUGGAAUGUGAUACAAAACAAGGCAACGGUGUGUUUUAGGACCAUGCGGACGCCUCCGAGCGGUCAGGGAGGCUGUUUGGAGUGUUUAUCUGAUUUGGAAAAAAAUAUUUUAAAUACUUUUUAAAAAAUUCUGGCAGUGAGGAUAGCCUACAGGUUUGCCAAACAAGAGAAUAGAAAUACAUGCACACGGGCAAACACACAGAUUUAAUUCGAUUUGAAACACGCACGCACGCACACACACACACACACAGGUUCUCUGGUCCAAACAGCGGAAUGCCACUGGCAGACUGAAUGGUCCGCUGCCUCAAAAUGGACCCAGUCAAGCAGCUAAAAUGUUUAAUCUCUUCUGUCUUCACCUGUCUACACCCAACACAUUCCUCUGAGAACAACCCAGGAAUUCCUCAGACACACAUUAACCAGCACCUCACAGUCAGGGUCCUACCUAGCACUUCACAACAAGGAUCCUAACAAUUAACAUACCUCCUCACCAAAUAUCCAAACAACUACAACAAGGAUCCUCACUAUUAACAUACCUCCUCACCAAUAUCCAAACAACUACAACCUACAAUAAGGAUCCUCACUAUUAACAUACCUCCUCACCAAUAUCCAAACAACUACAACCUACAACAAGGAUCCUCACUAUUAACAUACCUCCUCACCAAUUAUCCAAACAACUACAACCUACAAUAAGGAUCCUCACUAUACUUAUGACUAGUUACAACCCCCUCUGUAUGUGUGUGUGCAUGCACACAUAUUUGUGAAUUGGCGGCAUACUUAAGUUGUUUUGAUGGUGAGCGAUAGAGCAGUGCCUCCCUACUUUGUUCCCCAGAAACGUCAGUGACACGUUCUCAGUUCCCGAGGAGUUAACGUACAUGAUGUAUGAUAUUAGUGUGUGCAUGUAUGAGUGUUUGAUCCCUGUCCCUAAGCUGCACAACAGGUAUAACGGUAGAUUAAUGACAAAACCACAUGCAAUGCCUAUUAUACAAAGACCAUCAUUUGAUUACACGACACACUCAUACCCUUCAUAACCUUUGCAACUGUGUGUGUGUGUGUGUGUGUGUGUGUGUGUGUGUGUGUGUGUGUGUGUGUGUGUGUAUGCAUGCAAGACAGGAGUUUACACUAACUGUUUUUCUGUCUACGCAGAAACAACAAAAAUAGCAUCACACAUUUAUCAAGCUCAGAGCAUUCUGGAGAUGUCCAACAGCUCACAGAGCAUAUUCACCCAGUGAAUGAAGUACAAAUGUCUAUCUCACCAGCUAGCCUAAGCUACUUUACACUGAGGUUGGUCCAGAACCACAUAAGAUUGCAUGCGGAGUCCUAGAGAGGCUCUGUGGAAAUGCAAGAUAUUCCAGUCAUGGAGUUCUCUCCAUAUCAUUUAGCGUAAUACAGUUACAAUGUCUUUAUGCUUGAAGUGAUUCACAUUGCAAUAGGACAUUUUCAAAUACUAUGAUCAAUAACCUACACAGUCUAAUACUUUUGAUCUGUACUUGUAGGCCUACUGUCACUCAACUACAGUAUGAGAUCCGUUCACACAUUUAGCUUAUCAAUGACAUUAAGCUAAAUGAAGCGUCACAAUUUCAUUUUUCAUUUUUUCAUUUUCGUCAUUUAGCAGACGCUCUUAUCCAGAGCGACUUACAAAUUGGUGCAUUCACCUUAUGAUAGCCAGUGGGACAACCACUUUACAAUUAUUAUACAUUUUUUAUUUUCUCUUUGGGGUGGGGUAAGCGGGGGUAGAAGGAUUACUUUAUCCUAUCCCAGGUAUUCCUUAAAGAGGUGGGGUUUCAAGUGUCUCAGGAAGGUGGUGAGUGACUCCGCUGUCCUGGCGUCGUUAUAAUAAAACAAUCAAAUCAAAUCAAAUAUUGGAUUGAUUGUAAAUUGGCACCUUAUUUUAGAGCAGAUCCCUGCUGUGGCGAUGUUGGAGACCUGCUGCUGUUCAGGUAGGGAGAGGGAAAAACUGGAACGCUGCUCACUUUUCUGGGGACCCAAACUCUCCAAACUCUUUAAAUAUUUAACUUUAGAGAUGGGGUUUUACCACUUUGGUAUUAGCUUGCCCCGUUCGCUGCGGAGGACGUACUCCAAACAGACAUCGGUUUCCAGUGUGUGAGAUAGAGAUUGUAACUAGAUGUUUUCUAUCUAACCCAUGGACCCCACUUACCACCACCACGGUCUAGGUCGGAUCACAGCUCGUAUUCACAAAGCAUCUCAAAGUAAGGCGGCAGGUAGCCUAGCGGUUAAGAGUGUUGGGCCAGUAACCGAAAGGACGCUGGUUUGAAUCCCUGAGCUGACUAAAUGUAAAAUCGGUUGAUGUGCUUUUACCCUAAUUGCUCUGGAUAAGAGCGUCUGCUAAAAUGUAGGAUCAGGUCCCCACUGUCCAUAGUCUGAGAUGCUUUAUGAAUAGUAACUUUCGCCAACUUUGUUAUUGUUGUUGCUGUGGUUGGUGUCAUGCCAAACAACAGCAGAGUUGUCCAGAGCAGAAACAGAGUGUGACCUGGCUAACAGGAGGGUCAGAUGACUGUUAGUGACUUUAAAACCACAAUCUGUAAGAUUUCCAGUAAUCAAGUUUUUCUGGUCAGGAAAAAACGUAUGAAACCACCCAUGCGUCAUCUAAAGAUCUGAAUUGAAAGGCACAAAGGGUAAGAGCACCAGCAAAGCAUCUGAUAUAACCCAGAUGCCCUAAAUCCAUAUUGAUGCCUUUUUAAUGAACAUCCUGACUCGGCAGGAAAUGACUAAUAGCAUCCCUGCUACCGCUUCCACUACCCAAAAUUCCCAGAGGACAUCCAUAGCCUGGCAGACAGAUACAGACCUGUCAGUCAGUCAGUCACCAGUCACUCACUCACUCACUCACUCACUCACUCACUCACUCACUCACUCACUCACUCACGCACUCACGCACUCACUCACUCACUCACAGUUGACAGUGCAUGCCAGGCACACAUACAUAUGUAAAUAUAUUGUAUUGCCAUAUACACUGAGUAUUCAAAACACUGGUCCACCACCUAAAGGUCAUCCAGUCAACUUGACACAACUGUGGGAAGCAUUGGAGUCAACAUGGGCCAGCAUCCCUGUGGAACGCAUUCGACACCUUGUAGAGUCCAUGCCCCGAAGAAUUGAGGCUGUUCCGAAGGCAAAAGGUGUUCCUAAUGUUUGGUAUACUCAGUGUACACACUGGAUAGGUGCAGUGAAAUGUGUUGUUUUACAGGGUCAGUCAUAGUAGUAGUACAGCGACCCUGGAGCAAAUUAGGAUUAAGUGCCUUGCUCAAGGGCACAUCAACAGAUUUUCACUUUGUCGGCUUGGGUAUUCAAACCAGCAACCUUUAGGUUACUGGCCCUAAAGUUCUAAUCGCUAGGCUACCUGCCUCCCUGCCAAGGAUCUAGCAAGUAAGGGUGGCACAAAACUCUCCAAGGGCCACAGCUAUAGGAUGAUGUGUUUGGCAAGCCGUCAUCAGCCUGACUGCCUCUGCAAUCUCAGUCUCAUCCUCUUGGAUUGUAACUGCCAGUAAAAAGUUAUUUCACUUUAUCUCUGAUGCAGUCUUGUUACUAAGAGAGACAGAGCUUCUCACAACACCCCUGCUGAGAUAACUGAUCAUUAUAACUGAUCAUUGAUACAAAAUAUCCAUUGAUUUUGCAGAUAGAUUGUAGGGUCUAUCAACGUAAUUGUUUCCAUCAUUUCUAAUCCCCCUUAUUAUAAUUUUUAUUUUCUCUAUACUCCCCCCUACCCUACCCUUCCAUUCCUAAAUUGAAGUAAACUAACGGACAACAAUACUUCUACUGCUACUUACAGCUAUUUCGCUCACAUCUACCAUACCUGUAGUUAAAUAAUUAUACAUAUAUUCCCAAUUUCCUCUUUCUUCAAGUGCUGGAUUCUCACCCCCAGUGGCCAACAAACCAUUCAUUCUGUUCUUAACUCCAACCCUCCGAUGUCCACAGAUUAACCCAUCUUUCCCAGUAUAAUGGCAUUUUACUAUUUCCUUUUGCAAUACAUCCCUCCAUUUUACUAUGUCUUACGAGGGUCCUGAACCUCCCUAUUUGUAAAAUGUAUACCGAUAUUGCCCUGAGGAGGUGUAGAAAUGUAUCCACUUUUAAAUUCGUAGACAGAGCAAUGGAUGCAAGGACUGACCAUCCACAGCUGUGGAAUGUUGCAUUUGGCGAGCCAUCAUCGGCCUGACUGCCUCUGCAAUCUCAGUCAUAUCCUCUUUGAUUGUAACUGCCAAGGAAAGUUAUUUAUUAUUAUCUCUGAUGCAGUCUUGUUACUCAGAGAGACAGCGCUUGUCACAACAACCCUGCUUAGAUAACACUCUUAAAGGGAGUGCUCCUAAUCUCUGCUUGUUACCUGUAUAAAAGACACCUGUCCACAGAAGCAAUCAAUCAAUCAGAUUCCAAACUCUCCACCAUGGCCAAGACCAAAGAGCUCUCCAAGGAUGUCAGGGACAAGAUGGUAGACCUACACAAGGCUGGAAUGGGCUACAAGACCAUCGGCAAGCAGCUUGGUGAGAAGGUGACAACAGUUGGUGCGAUUAUUCGCAAAUGGAAGAAACACAAAAUAACUGUCAAUCUCCCCCGGCCUGGGGCUCCAUGCAAGAUCUCACCUCGUGGAGUUGCAAUGAUCAUGAGAACGGUGGGGAAUCAGCCCAGAACUACACGGGAGGAUCUUGUCAAUGAUCUCAAGGCAGCUGGGACCAUAGUCACCAAGAAAACAAUUGGUAACACACUACGCAGUGAAGGACUGAAAUCCUGCAGCGCCCGCAAGGUCCCCCUGCUCAAGAAAGCACAUAUACAUGCCCGUCUGAAGUUUGCCAAUGAACAUCUGAAUGAUUCAGAGGAGAACUGGGUGAAAGUGUUGUGGUCAGAUGAGACCAAAAUGGAGCUCUUUGGCAUCAACUCAACUCGCCGUGUUUGGAGGAGGAGGAAUGCUGCCUAUGACCCCAAGAACACCAUCCCCACCUUCAAACAUGGAGGUGGAAACAUUAUGCUUUGGUGGUGUUUUUCUGCUAAGGGGACAGGACAACUUCACCGCAUCAAAGGGACGAUGGACGGGGCCAUGUACCGUCAAAUCUUGGGUGAGAACCUCCUUCCCUCAGCCAGGGCAUUGAAAAUGGGUCGUGGAUGGGUAUUCCAGCAUGACAAUGACCCAAAACACACGGCCAAGGCAACAAAGGAGUGGCUCAAGAAGAAGCACAUUAAGGUCCUGGAGUGGCCUAGCCAGUCUCCAGACCUUAAUCCCAUAGAAAAUCUGUGGAGGGAGCUGAAGGUUCGAGUUGCCAAACGUCAGCCUCGAAACCUUAAUGACUUGGAGAAGAUCUGCAAAGAGGAGUGGGACAAAAUCCCUCCUGAGAUGUGUGCAAACCUGGUGGCCAACUACAAGAAACGUCUGACCUCUGUGAUUGCCAACAAGGGUUUUGCCACCAAGUAAUAAGUCAUGUUUUUCAGAGGGGUCAAAUACUUAUUUCCCUCAUUAAAAUGCAAAUCAAUUUAUAACAUUUUUGACAUGCGUUUUUCUGGAUUAUUUUGUUGUUAUUCUGUCUCUCACUGUUCAAAUAAACCUACCAUUAAAAUUAUAGACUGAUAAUUUCUUUGUCAGUGGGCAAACGUACAAAAUCAGCAGGGGAUCAAAUACUUUUUUCCCUCACUGUAUCUCCCUGGCAUAUUACAUAAUUUAUGCAGCAGCAUACAAUACAUUUUUGGACUCACCUUGUUGUGCUGUGCUCACUUGAACAGGAAGGUGGCGCGGCGGUCCUUCGUGGGCAAAUUUUGUCCAUGUUUGUAUGCAGCUUUAUUAACUCAAUGAAUAUAUAUAUAGAUAUUUUACAUUGUUUGCAAACUGAUAUGUGACACGUAUUAAUGCCAAAAUAACAUGCAAAACAGGCAACCCCCCCAAAAAAUAAGUGUUUUCUUUUUUUUCUUUGUUUUUGCUAAAGAUGUGGCUCAAAACAGGUGGGGCUCUGCCCUGAAUGACGGGUCGCCACUGUGCAGUAUGUACUGCACUGUAACUGCAAAAUAACUACAGUUUAACUGCAGUUUAACUACAAAAUGACUGCACUACUGCAGUUACAAAAGUGAGGAUGCAGUGAUUACAAAAUGUUAAUUGGUCUUUUGCUGCUGGGUGUAGGGAGGUGUGCCCCUUAUUCUGUCCAAUUAGGUGUUUUCAGAAAAUAUAUCUGUCCAUUAAAGGGGCAAUCUGGGAUUCAAACAACAACAAAGCAGACACCCCACCACUUUUUGGUAAACAGCUUGGGUGGGUGGAGAAAUGUAUCCACUUUCAAAUUCAUAGACAGAGAAAUGGAUGCAACGACUGACCAUCCACAGCUGUGCCUCUGCAAUCUCAGUGUUCUCCUCUUUGAUUGUAACUGACGGUGAAAGUUACUUCACUUUAUCUCUGAUGCAGUCUUGUUACUCAGGGCGACAGAGCUUCUCACAACAACCCUGCUGAGAUAACUGAUUAUUAUAACUGAUCAUUGAUCAUUUUGUCUUCAGUAAUGAUUCUUAUAACACUCAGGCGGCAUAUUCUUUAAUCUGUUUGAUUGGUUAUUAAUAGCUUCUGUUUUCAUGGAGUCGAUUAAGCCAUGAUACAAGUGACCAAGUUAUUUUGAUGAUGGAAUAGGUAGGUAGACAGGAUUGGGUAGGUUACUUUCUAAAUGUAAUCCAUUACAGUUACUAGUUACCUGUCUAAAAUUGUAAUCAGUAAUGUAAUUUUUGGAUUACCCAAACUCAGCAACUUAAUCUGAUUAGUUUCAGUUACUUUUGGAUUACUUUCCCCUUAAGAGGCAUUAGAAGAAGUCAUCAUAGUGGUCUCUGACUUGUGGUCAGACUCGCUCGGGUGGAACAAACUUAAAGUUGUGCCUUUUUUCAAUGCUGAAUUAAAUGUAAUUGAGAAACCAGAAAGGUGUCAAAAUGUAUUUUUCCCAAAACACAUUUUCUUUAAUCAAGAAAAUAGAAAUUCAACAUAAUUAUGAGCCUAUCUGAUCAUAAUGCUUAUUACUGCCAGAUACACAUUUCAGAACCUCCUAAAAGAGCCACAAGAUUGCGCUUUAAUGUUUCCUUACUACUAAAUCCUACUUUCUGUGAAAAAUGUGAAACUGAAUUGAAUUAAUUCAUAAUAAUUAACAAAAAUUCAGUCGAUAAAAAAAACUUUGCCAUAAACUUUAACAGACCGCUAAAAUCAAUUCAAUCCGACCUCAGUAGAUGGACUAAUAUCCCAGUUGCUUUAUCCGGCAGAAUAUCUAUUCUAAAAAUUAAUAUAUUGCUACGGCUGAAUUGUUGUACUUCAAUGCUUCCCUUGUCUCCCCCUUCUGGCUGUUGUGAUAAAACCCAUAGUGCAGUUUCAAAAUGUAUAUGGCAAAGUAAGCGAGCCCAGAUAAAAUUAACAAACUUGCAAAGAGGGAAAGACGUAGGAGGUCUAUCCAUACUAAACUCUAAAUUGUAUUUCCAAGCACUAGCAUUUCGUCCCAUCCUAAAUUGGUUUGGACAUGAUUCUUCUGCUCUCUGGCUAAGUAUAGAGAGAAAUAUGAUGUCUCCUAUUGCCCUGGAAUAUGUGGUCUUCACUAAUAUAUCCCUUAAACAAUGUAAAAUACGCUUUGGUCCUAUUAUUGCUCACACAAUUUCUAUUUGGCGCAAAUGUAAAAAACAAUGUAACUGGGAAUCAAAAUGGUAUGACCAUACUCCAAUAUUUCACAAGAAUGCCUUUUGCAUCCCCCCAAUCAUCCAAAUGUGGAAUCCGUAUCCUUGCCGAUAUCAUGGACAGUAAUUGUUUGAGAUCAUUCCAAGAUUUAAAAGAUACAUACACAUUACCAGGCCACUCCUUUUUUCUAUUUUUACAACUUAGGUCAGCUAUGCUUACCUCUGGAGUCCCUUGGACCCCCCAACUACUGAACCAUCCAAUGAUGGGAUUUAUAAAUAAAUUAUCUGGGCUCCCGAAAUGACUGAUCUCUAUAAUAUAUAAACAACUUUUGGAAAGCUCAUAUUCUGAGCUAGCCAUUAAAGGAAUAUUUCCAAAUGUUUAUACUUCAUAUUCACAAUCUCCAUCUCCAGCACCACCCCAACAUCAACAUAUGUGAAAGUGUGCGUUUCUAUGUUUUGUAGUAAAACAAUAGAGGAAGAUAAGUGUUUCCAAUUACAUCAUUGGUGUGCAUUGUGUGAUUUUAACCAAUUAUGAGUAGGCAUUGCCUACUAAUUGCCAGCUAAUUGUCUACUAAUUGGUUGACGAUGCCAUUGGAAACACUUAUCUUCCUCUUUCUUUUUUACUACAAAACAUAGAAAUGCGCCAUUUUCACAUAUGUUGAUGUUGGGGUGGUGCCGGAGAUGAUGAAUAUGAAGUUGAAGAUUGUUGAAAUGUCAUUUUAAAAAGUAUGGUCUACAGAUCUAAUUGGAUCUGAACAACCCUUUAAGUGGAAGAUAAUAUAUAAAAAUAUGAUCUUGGCAUCCCUUAAUCCCAACCAUCAAUUUAUACAUUUUAAAUUUGUUCACAUGCUGUAUUUAAAACCAAGGAAAUGUUUUACGAUGAAAUUGUGUCCCCUAAAUCAAGUAGGCACAUUCCUUCAUAUGAUGUGGGAGUGCCCUUGCAGUUAAACUCUGCAGCGUCUGGGGAAAAGUUACAAAAUUCAUUUUGAAUUGCAUGAAAUGAGUGUACAAAACAUUAUGAGCCUGCUCUUUCCAUGACAUAGACUAACCAGGUGAAUCCAGGGGAAAGCUACGAUCCCUUAUUGAUGUCACUUGUUAAAUCCACUUCAAUCAGUGUAGAUGAAGGGGAGGAGACAGGUUAAAGAAUAAUCUUUAAGCCUUGAGACAAUUGAGACAUGGAUUGUAUAUGUGUGCCAUUCAGAGGGUGAAUGGGCAAGACAACAUAUUUAAGUGCCUUUGAACGGGGUAUGGUAGUACGUGCCAGGUGCAACGGUUUGUGUCAAGAACUGCAACGCUGCUGGGUUUUUCACCCUCAACAGUUUCCCGUGUGUAUCAAGAAUGGUCCACUAUCCAAAGGACAUCCAGCCAACUUGACACAAUUGUGGGAAGCAUUGGAGUCAACAUGGGCCAGCAUCCCUGUUGAAUGCUUUCGACACAUUGUAGAGUCCAUUCCCAGAUUAAUUGAGGGUUGGAUGGAGACAUGUUGGCUGGGUGGGAAUGGGAUGGGAGGUUAGGGGUGAAGGUUCACUUCUUUUUUGUUUUGUUUUCCUGUAAAUACUGAAUUUAUUACUUAAACUUAAAAUAUGAUAACAAUGAUCAAUACUUUGUAGUUUUACCUUUUGUAAUGUUUUUUCUCUCUUUUAUUUUCUCUUCUUAUUUCCUUAUUCUGAGUGGCAGCCCACAGGUACAAUGUUUGAAAUAAUGAAUCGAAAAUAUAUGGAAUAUGAUAUUAAAUGAUAUUAAUUUAAAUAUUGUACCUGUAAAUAAAUACAAUUUGGUCAACAACAAAAAAGCAUCCUUUCUGAGUUCAAAAGUAAUCCAAUAAUUAAUCAUCUACUUUUUCAAAAGUAUCUGUAAUCUGAUUACAAUAUUACAGCACUGGAGGUAGACUAUAAUAUGUGCAUGCUUUGUAGAGGUUGUAGCCUACUCUUUCUGAGUAACUUGUCCAAACGUCUCCAUUGUAUAAAGCAUGGAAUGUUCAAACAAGUUGGACAGGUAGCUUAUAGGUAGCGUCAGGUCCCAGACAGUCUUGUGGCCUAGACAACCACAGGAGAUAGCUAGUAAACCACACCCUUGAGGCACUCUUUACCGCCAGCCUCAAAGGAGGAUCUCUGGGAAUCACUGUUCGCAUAGUCACGGAUGAUAGGCCUACAGCAAAGAUAACCAGGUGUGUUUGGUUUCACGUACACCAUAGACCUAUCUAGAACCUAAAAAUGUGCUAUCUAGAACCUAAAAGGGUUAUUUGGCUGUCCCCAUAGGAGAACCCUUUGUAGAACCCUUUUUGGUACUAGGUAAAAGCCUUUUGGUUCCAGGUAGAACCCUUUUGGGUUCAAUGUCACAGAGGGAACCCAAAAGGGUUGUUCCUGGAACCAAAAAGGGUUCUCCUAUGGGGACAGCCGAACCCUUUUGGAACCCUUUUUUGUAAGAGUGUAAGCUUGAGCAGAUCAGUGGGCGGAGUCUGCUGGUUGCCUGCUAGAGGUGUGGUACAGGUGUGGAUGGACAGGCAUUCAUCAUGCGCAGGAAUUUGAGGUGUUUUCAAUGAGGCAGUGUCUGCAAAGAGCAGUGAAAAAGGGCUGUUUCCUUUCACUAAUGUAUAGAGAUGUAUCAAACCAAACAAAUAUGUAGGUAACUCUUAAAAAAACAUUGACACAGGCAGGCACAAGCUCAGCAGGCAAUUUACAGGUAGCAUCAGGUCUCAGACUUGUGGCCUUGACAACCACAGGAGGUAGCUAGUUAACCACACCUUUGAGGCACUCUUUACCGCCAGCCUCAAAGGAGGAUUAUACAUGAAAGUUGUAACCAUGUUUUAAAGCUUUACAGCAGGGAUAAUCAACUAGAUUCAGCCGCCAGCAGAUUUUUUCUUGAGCGGAUGGUCGGGGGGCUGGAACGUAGACUGCAAAUUGACCACAAGAAGUCCAAACAGAUAUAAUAUUUGACUAAAACAUAAUCAUUUCAAGCCUUGCUUAUAUUGGUAUACAAUCACGUGUCUCUCUAAUAUGCGUGGGAAUACUUGGCAACAGAUUUCUUAAAUUAAAAUCACUUGGAGCUGAUUUCCUGGUGUUUUUACAGUCUAUUAUGUCCAGCAAUCACAUUUUACUUCAAUGUAGUGUCUACAUUAAAUAUUGAAUUUGUUAACAUCGACUCAAGAAGGAACCUUACUAAACAUUCUACAUUACAUUUAUAUUUUAGUAAUUUAGCAGACACUCUUAUCCAGAGCGAUUUACAGGAGCAAUUAGGGUUAAGUGCCUUGCUCAAGGGCACAUCGACAGAUUUUUCACCUAGUCAGCUCGGGGAUUAGAACCAGCGACCUUUCGGUUACCGGCACAACGCUCUUAACCACUAAGCUACCUGCCGCCCCUACAUCUGUUUUAAUGUAACCAAAUUGUGUCAGGGCUAUCAUUUUUUUUUUUUUUUUUUACAUGGCUGCUAUUAAUUUACUGACAACUUUAUUGCGCUGCAUGGAAACGUUUACGCAGUCUUGCAAACAGCAGUGCCUGUCCAAUGGUAGCGUCGAGCGAGUGCGGAAUGCACCGUUGCUAGGUGGGGUUUUUCGUGUAUAUAAAUGCAUGAGUGUGCAAAUUCCCAACCCUCCUACAAUCUCAGUCUGAGAAAAUUUCACAGUCCCUACCUUUGUCUAGCUGGUAAGAUAUCCCAUUUUUUAUUCAAUAGACCUUCUCCAGGAAAUUGAGCACUUCGACUUCCAAUCCUAGGUAACAAUAAUUUGUUCACUUCUCUCCUUUUUUGGGACUUUGAAACCGUGUUUAGAUGGGAAACUAACUUCCCCGCUGUAUGAAUACAUUCUAAAUGCAGUGUAACGUUACCCUAGGGAACUUUACCGUGCGUACAUCCCGGUUUCUGUGUCAUUCACGUCGUUCAGAUUAGGUAGCCAGUGUGGCUGUGGCGUAGUAGUGACAUUUCAGAAUUAUUUUUGGAUUAAUUAUUUUCUGUAACAGAUCCAUAUACAUCAGUGAGCAGAUCCUGUUGUGUCUUGAAAACCAUUGUGAACUAACUGAGUAAAAGUGAGGAAGCGGUUAAAGCUUUUAGUGAGUUUUACAUGAUUCCAGUUAGGCGUGGUCAUCACCAGAUUUGUUGCUAACAUUGUGAAAUAGAUUGGGGCGGUUUGUUCUGCAGUGACAAAUAAAUUAUCUGUGCAGCCUCAAAUACACAUUUCUAUCCAGUUGUUCUAGGCAUAUAGUUGUAUUCUAUGGAAUGAUGAUUAGCCAAUAUGUGGCAGCCAAUCAUAGGCAGAGGCAUGGUUUACUUUUGUGUUGGGGAUGAGUCCAUGAAAUACAGUUUGACAAAAUAUAUGCAUGGUCUGUUACUGUAGCAUAUUCUGGCAUCAAAUAAUGAGCCUUUCAACCAAUUAUUUAAGAAAUGCAAUAUACUUUGCUGUUCAAUACAGAGGAUAUUUAAUACUGUACUGUGGUUAUUACUGAAUCCCCCUGUUCCUCUUUCUCUGCAGACCCGUGCCACCAUGUCCUUCGUUGCUGCCUUCCUGCAGCAGACCGUCUAUCUGGGCAUGCCCGAUGACAUGGUAGGGUUCUGUUCCACUUGCUUGAGGGAUAGCCUUAAAUAUGCAAUUUUUUCCCUCUUGUGGUAUGCAUGUGUGUAAAAACUGACCAGGCUGUGUUUGUACAUUUCUAGCCAGAUAGAGGGGAGGGGGACGGGGAGAGGACAGAGUGAGAGCAAAAGUGAUGGAUGUUGAGGGUAGAGAAAGAGGGUCAGUCUGAGAGAUAGAGUCAUGGGAGGAGAGAGGGAUGACCAUACUUGAUUCAUAAAGGAAUUUAGUAGGUGAAGCCCUAGGGUUCAGAAACAUUAGAAACGAAACAACGAACUCCUUCUCUUUCCCCCUCUAUCCCUAUUCCUUGUAUGGUGUUGUAUGGGAUGUUCCUCCCUUUGCUUCUAAACUAUUUUCUACAUUUUGUGAAGGUAUUCAUUGAUUCACUGCAUGGCAGCUAAGUUAAAUUGUUCUCUCUCUCAGACCUUACUCAAUCAGGGCACUGUGACUCCUUACCCGCAUUUCAGUGCUGAAGGGGAUGCAGGCAUCUUGGAUAAGGCCAUCAAGGCCAAAGGUGAGGUUUACACACACACAAACACAUGUGUGUAUGUGUUUCAUAGCAGAGCAGCUCAGUUGAAUAGAACUCACUCGGCGUGUAACAUGAGGCAGCAUAGGGGGACAUUCUGAGGGAAUGUGAGCUUGUGUGUAUGUGUCCGGGUCCGUGUUUUUAUUGUCUCUUGCUGGGGAGUAGUCAGAGGUUUCUCACGGUAAGCCUGGGGCCACACAGAUUUUUUUGUAUUAGUCAAAAAAUGGAUAAGGGCUCAUGGAUUAGGGUAGGUAACAGUGUUUCCUAGAGACUGGUUGGUUGUUUAGCAACAAAACCAACGAGUGCACAACUAUGUGGCCAAACAGACGGGGUUGGCUAUAUUUCUUCUCAAUGUCUCUCAAAUACAUUGUUGAAGUUGUUGGUUAGCUAUCUAGCAAAUUUUAGCCAUAUUAGCAUAGACAAGACAUUAGUCAAAAAACUUCAAAACACAUGGUAUCAAUAAAUUAAAUUUAAAUUAAAUAACAAGCUACAAUGAGAUGAAACGAGACACCUACGAUUCCCCACAUGAUAGCUUUUUGUAAUUGUUGCUAGCUAUCUGACCGUUCAGAAUCAUAACAACGCACACCUUCUGGCCACACCGAUGCACGCUCAUCAUUUUUGUGACGUUGUCAGCCAACCCGUCUAUUGAACAAGUCCUUCCAUUUUGUCUCUGUGACGUAGGUGUAGAUGAGAACACCAUCAUUGAUGUGCUGGUGAAGAGGAGCAAUGCCCAGAGACAGCAGAUCAAAGCUAGCUACCAAAAGGCUAGUGGCAAGGUAAGAUGGGACACGCACUAGGUGCGUUUGGUUUAGCAUGUGCGGGUGGCUGUGCGUGGGUGGAAUUCGCACUUUAAGACCAAUGGAAUGAUGAUAAACAUGCAAACUCCAGCCACCUGGGGCACCUGGAAAGCUAAAACACACAGACUUGUGUAUGACUGUGGAAGUGUGUAUCAUCCCUCUAUCUUCAGCCUCUGGAGACUGCCCUGAAGUCAGCCCUAAAUGGAGAGCUGGAGGAUGUGGUUCUGGCACUGCUCAAAACGCCAGCCCAAUAUGACGCCCAACAGCUCAAACUGGCCAUGAAGGUACACAUGCACUCACUCACUCACUACUACUCAGAAUAUACAAUAUUACUUAGAAUACAAACAAAUCUUACCCUCUGUUCGGGUGGCCUAGAGACGGUAACAUAUACACUGCUCAAAAAAAUAAAGGGAACACUUAAACAACACAAUGUAACUCCAAGACAAUCACACUUCUGUAAAAUCAAACUGUCCACUUAGGAAGCAACACUGAUUGACAAUAAAUGUCACAUGCUGUUGUGCAAAUGGAAUAGACAACAGGUGGAAAUUAUAAGCAAUUAGCAAGACACCCCCAAUAAAGGACUGGUUUUGCAGGUGGUGACCAGACCACUUCUCAGUUCCUAUGCUUCCUGGCUGAUGUUUUGGUCACUUUUGAAUGCUGGCGGUGCUUUCACUCUAGUGGUAGCAUGAGACGGAGUCUACAACCCACACAAGUGGCUCAGGUAGUGCAGCUCAUCAAGGAUGGCACAUCAAUGCGAGCUGUGGCAAGAAGGUUUGCUGUGUCUGUCAGCGUAGUGUCCAGAGCAUGGAGGCGCUACCAGGAGACAGGCCAGUACAUCAGGAGACGUGGAGGAGGCCGUAGGAGGGCAACAACCCAGCAGCAGGAGCACUGCCAGAGCCCUGCAAAAUGACCUCCAGCAGGCCACAAAUGUGCAUGUGUCUGCUCAAACGGUCAGAAACAGACUCCAUGAGGGUGGUAUGAGGGCCCAACGUCCACAGGUGGGGGUUGUGCUUACAGCCCAACACCGUGCAGGACGUUUGGCAUUUGCCAGAGAACACCAAGAUUGGCAAAUUCACCACUGGCGCCCUGUGCUCUUCACAGAUGAAAGCAGGUUCACACUGAGCACAUGUGACAGACGUGACAGAGUCUGGAGACGCCGUGGAGAACGUUCUGCUGCCUGCAACAUACUCCAGCAUGACCGGUUUGGCGGUGGGUCAGUCAUGGUGUGGGGUGGCAUUUCUUUGGGGGGCCGCACAGCCCUCCAUGUGCUCGCCAGAGGUAGCCUGACUGCCAUUAGGUACCGAGAUGAGAUCCUCAGACCCCUUGUGAGACCAUAUGCUGGUGCGGUUGGCCCUGGGUUCCUCCUAAUGCAAGACAAUGCUAGACCUCAUGUGGCUGGAGUGUGUCAGCAGUUCCUGCAAGAGGAAGGCAUUGAUGCUAUGGACUGGCCCACCCGUUCCCCAGACCUGAAUCCAAUUGAGCACAUCUGGGACAUCAUGUCUCGCUCCAUCCACCAACGCCACGUUGCACCACAGACUGUCCAGGAGUUGGCGGAUGCUUUAGUCCAGGUCUGGGAGGAGAUCCCUCAGGAGACCAUCCGCCACCUCAUCAGGAGCAUGCCCAGGCGUUGUAGGGAGGUCAUACAGGCACGUGGAGGCCACACACACUACUGAGCCUCAUUUUGACUUGUUUUAAGGACAUUACAUCAAAGUUGGAUCAGCCUGUAGUGUGGUUUUCCACUUAAAUUUUGAGGGUGACUCCAAAUCCAGACCUCCAUGGGUUGAUACAUUUGAUUUCCAUUGAUAAUUUUUGUGUGAUUUUGUUGUCAGCACAUUCAACUAUGUAAAGAAAAAAGUAUUUAAUAAGUUUAUUUCAUUCAUUUAAGAUCUAAGAUGUGUUAUUUUAGUGUUCCCUUAAUUUUUUGGAGCAAUGUAUAAUACAAAUAUUUAAAGAGUAAUGACUCGCUUCUAAAGAGGAAGCUGUGAUGACGUCGUCAUGUAUUCUUGUUCUGCUGUUUAGUCAGACCCACCCACCCACUUCCUAACACCCUACCCAUAGUGACUCAUUCUGCUUUAUUAUUGUGUUGUGUAAUAAUGGGACUUUUAAAAUGGGUGGGACUGUCUGUCUGCUUUGUACAAUGGGGUGGGACUGUUUUAAUGUGAGGAGACGGUAAGAAAAGUGGUGAUGAGUACCUACUGUACUUUAGGUUUAACGAUACACAACUCUGUGCAUGUGCAGCGUGUGUGUGAGCCCAACUAGCACAUUUGGUUCCUUGGAAGUUGUGAGAAUGUACGUUUUUGGUUUCCCAUAGGUUCUGGGAACGAAGCCAUAAGUUUCCUGACUGGUAAAACAGUUGCAGGGAGGUUCUGGGAAUGUUUUCCUAUGGUUCCCUGAAAGUUUUCCUGGGAGGUUUUAUGAACAUUCUGAGAAUGAAAAUUAUAGGUUAUUUGAAAGUUAUUAAAUAAUGUUCUGAAAACAAACAUGUUUUAAUAAGACUUUUAAUAACACUGCUAGCUUAGUUUGGGUUGGCUGUUUUGAAUUCCAAGCACAGAUGGGACACAUGGAAAUUCAUUUGCUUAAGCAUUAAUAAUGCAAACAAAUAUGUUUUUUUAUUUUGGCACAGAGUCAGUGAGAUUUGAACCUAUGAUCUUUUGUUCUCGAUCAAUGGAAUUAUAUUUUGUUGUGAAGUUUCUUAAAUGUGCUGAGAAUGUUCCAAAGCCAAGCAACUAUCCUGCUCCAUUCCCGGAAGGUUGUAUGCUAAAUAACCAUAGGAUAACCACGCUCUCACCAAGCUCUAAGAAACAUAUGGUUCUCAGAACAUUAUAUGCUAGCUUGGCAGUGUCUGGUAUAGCGGUAGACCUGUAAGUGCAGGUAGUCCCCUGUUUCAGUCUGUUUUGUUCCGUUUGGGGCAUAAUGAACAUGGCCCUGCUCUUUGUGUUUGUCAUCCGAUCCUGGGCUCUUUUGUCUCAGCUUUAUGACUGAUGUGACCCUUUUGGCCUUGUUGACCCUUCACACCCCUCCCCUCUCACCUAUCUCUCUCUCACAGGGAUUGGGCACAGAUGAGGAUAUUCUGGUUGAGAUUCUGGCCUCCAGGACCAAUAAAGAGAUCAGAGAGAUAAAGAAAGCCUAUAAGGAAGGUGUGUCCUUAAUAUGUAAAUGUCCUGUACGUUGAGGUGAUAGUUACAACGUGCCAACAAUCAUGGCUUUUUUCUUGCUAGAAUACAAAAAGGAGCUGGAGAAUGACAUCAAGUCUGACACAAGUGGAGACUUCAGGAAUGCUCUGCUCUCGCUCUGCAAGGUGUGUGUGUUUUAUUUAUUGCUUGUUUAACCUCGGAUGAAUAGUUUGGCACAAUUGACCUCACUCCCCCCUCUCUCUGUAGGCUACUAGGAAUGAGGACACGAUGGUGAACCAGGAACUUGCUGACAGUGAUGCCAGGGUAUGGAGGAAAGAGAGAGAGAGAGGGAGUGUGUUUGUGUCUGUAUGUGUGAGAAUUUAAGACGUCAAUGUGUAAUGCAAUCCCUGUGUGUGUGAUGCCUGUGCCUACUCUAUCGGUCCAUAGGCCCUGUAUGAGGCUGGAGAGAAGAAGAAGGGAACGGACUGCUCUGUCUUCAUAGACAUUCUGACCACCAGAAGUGCUCCUCAGCUCCGCCAAGGUGAAUAUGUGAUGGCACAGCUUUAUGUAAGCUUAAGUCUAAUUGAAACAUGGAAAGUUAUGCUGCUUUGAAUGUUCAUAAACUUGUAAAACCACUUAGGCCCACCCAUCUCUUUAAGAAUUCACACGUAAAUGCUCAAUUCAGGGCAGCAAUGUUGUUGAGAGCUGUAGCAAUACUUUUGCCGUUGUCCAUAGCUAUAUCUUCCCAAAAAUCUGCGGUAGCAAAGAUUAUCUAUAUACUGACCAGUACAUUAAUGUGGAUGCUACCAGGAUUACGGAUAGUAAUGAAUUAAUUGUGAAUAAUGAUGAGUGAGAAAGUUGGAGGCAUAAAUAUCAUACCCCCCAAAAAUGCUAACCUCCCCUGUUAUCGGUAAUGGUCAGAGCAGGGCCGCCGGCAAACGUGUGGCAAGCAGGCAUUUGCCCCAGCAUUUUUUUUAUUUGGUUUAAUAAAAAAAUAUUGACUCAAAAGCAUUAAACAGGGACAAAGUAGGCCAAACGUUUUUUGUGACUGACUUGCCUUGCCUCAUAAUUCGUCAACUCACGCACAAUUAGUAGCCUAUGUCCUUCUCGUCAGAGUGCUGCAAGUUGUCGUGUGUGUGUCUUGACCAAUCAGAUUCACAGAAAUCACAGGUCGGGUAUGGUGCACGUCUAUAGAAAGCAGAGCAAGCGCUCACUUUCCUCUGGUAUUAUUUUAGCAAACGGGAAAAGAACUCACCACAGACGCAAGCAAAAACUCUUUACAGAAAUGUUGUAGCAGCCUACAUCUAAACAUUAGCGACCUGCCAUGCUGUAUCAGUCUGACCAACGGUAGCCUACAUAUGCACCCUGUCCCAACUGGCCUGGGGAAACGAAGUGGUAACGUUAUGUAUUUAUAGCCUAAGCCAAUUUAUUUGUGUUAAGAGAAAAUGUGAAUGUGAUAAAACUAUAUAUAUUCCAACUUUGGUUGGCUAGUUUAAAAAAAAUAUUGACUGUAAUUAAACAAAACAAGUAGUGAUGACAUAGGUAGACUGUGUUAAUGCACCUGUAACUUUUUUAUUAUAUACAGUACCAGUCAAAGGUUUGGACACACCUACUCAUUCCAGGGUUUUUCUUUAUUUUUACUAUUUUCUACAUUGUAGAAUAAUAUUAAAGACAUCAAAACUAUGAAAUAACACAUAUGGAAUCAUGUAGUAACCAAAAAACAGUUAAACAAAUCAAAAUAUAUUUGAGAUUCUUCAAAGUAGCCACCCUUUGCCUUGAUGACAGCUUUGCACACUCUUGGCAUUCUCUCAACCAGCUUCAUGAGGUAGUCACCUGGAAUGCAUUUCAAUUAACAGGUGUGCCUUGUUAAAAUUUAAUUUGUGGAAUUUGAAAUAAAUGCUUCACAGAGUUCAAGUAACAGACACAUCUCAACGUCAACUGUUCAGAGGAGACUGCGUGAAUCAGGCCUUCAUAAUAAUAUAAUAUAAUAAUAUGCCAUUUAGCAGACGCUUUAUCCAAAGCGACUUACAGUCAUGCGUGCAUACAUUUUUUUUUUUGUGUAUGGGUGGUCCCGGGGAUCGAACCCACUACCUUGGCGUUACAAGCGCCGUGCUCUACCAGCUGAGCUACAGAGGACCUCUUCAUGGUCGAAUUGCUGCAAAGAAACCACUACUAAAGGACACCAAUAUUAAGAAGAGACUUGCUUGGGCCAAGAAACACAAGCAAUGGACAUUAGACUGGUGAAAAUAUGUCCUUUGGCCUGAUGAGUCCAAAUUUGAGAUUUUUGGUUCCAACCGCCGUGUCUGUGAGACUACAUGAUUCCAUAUGUGUUAUUUCAUAGUUUUGAUGUCUUCACUGUUAUUCUACAAUGCAGAAAAUAGUAAAAAUAAAGAAAAACCCUUGAAUGAGUAGGUGUGUCCAAACUUCUGACUGGUACUGUAUAUCUAUAUACAUCUCUGUAAUUAAAAUAAUAUAUACAGUGGGGAGAACAAGUAUUUGAUACACUGCCGAUUUUGCAGGUUUUCCUACUUACAAAGCAUGUAGAGGUCUGUAAUUUUUAUCAUAGGUACACUUCAACUGUGAGAGACGUAAUCUAAAACAAAAAUCCAGAAAAUCACAUUGUAUGAUUUUUAAGUAAUUAAUUUGCAUUUUAUUGCAUGACAUAAGUAUUUGAUACAUCAGAAAAGCAGAACUUAAUAUUUGGUACAGAAACCUUUGUUUGCAAUUAGAGAUUAUACAUUUCCUGUAGGUCUUGACCAGGUUUGCACACACUGCAGCAGGGAUUUUGGCCCACUCCUCCAUACAGACCAUCUCCAGAUCCUUCAGGUUUCGGGGCUGUCGCUGGGCAAUACGGACUUUCAGUUCCCUCCAAAGAUUUUCUAUUGGGUUCAGGUCUGGAGACUGGCUAGGCCACUCCAGGACCUUGAGAUGCUUCUUACGGAGCCACUCCUUAGUUGCCCUGGCUGUGUGUUUCGGGUCGUUGUCAUGCUGGAAGACCCAGCCACGACCCAUCUUCAAUGCUCUUACUGAGGGAAGGAGGUUGUUGGCCAAGAUCUCGCGAUACAUGGCCCCAUCCAUCCUCCCCUCAAUAUGGUGCAGUCGUCCUGUCCCCUUUGCAGAAAAGCACCCCCAAAGAAUGUUUCCACCUCCAUGCUUCACGGUUGGGAUGGUGUUCUUGGGGUUGUACUCAUCCUUCUUCUUCCUCCAAACACGGCGAGUGGAGUUUAGACCAAAAAGCUAUAUUUUUGUCUCAUCAGACCACAUGACCUUCUCCCAUUCCUCCUCUGGAUCAUCCAGAUGGUCAUUGGCAAACUUCAGACGGGCCUGGACAUGCGCUGGCUUGAGCAGCGGGACCUUGCGUGCGCUGCAGGAUUUUAAUCCAUGACGGCGUAGUGUGUUACUAAUGGUUUUCUUUGAGACUGUGGUCCCAGCUCUCUUCAGGUCAUUGACCAGGUCCUGCCGUGUAGUUCUGGGCUGAUCCCUCACUUUCCUCAUGAUCAUUGAUGCCCCACGAGGUGAGAUCUUGCAUGGAGCCCCAGACCGAGGGUGAUUGACCGUCAUCUUGAACUUCUUCCAUUUUCUAAUAAUUGCGCCAACAGUUGUUGCCUUCUCACCAAGCUGCUUGCCUAUUGUCCUGUAGCCCAUCCCCGCCUUGUGCAGGUCUACAAUUUUAUCCCUGAUGUCCUUACACAGCUCUCUGGUCUUGGCCAUUGUGGAGAGGUUGGAGUCUGUUUGAUUGAGUGUGUGGACAGGUGUCUUUUAUACAGGUAACGAGUUCAAACAGGUGCAGGUAAUGAGUGGAGAACAGGAGGGCUUCUUAAAGAAAAACUAACAGGUCUGUGAGAGCCGGAAUUUUUACUGGUUGGUAGGUGAUCAAAUACUUAUGUCAUGCAAUAAAAUGCAAAUGAUUUACUUAAAAAUCAUACAAUGUGAUUUUUCGGAAUUUUUGUUUUAGAUUCCGUCUCUCACAGUUGAAGUGUACCUAUGAUAAAGAUUACAGACCUCUACAUGCUUUGUAAGAUUCUGUUUCUCACAGUUGAAGUGUACAGUGAGGGGAAAAAAAGUAUUUGAUCCUCUGCUGAUUUUGUACGUCUGCCCACUGACAAAGACAUGAUCAGUCUAUCAUUUUAAUAUUAGGUUUAUUUUAACAGUGAGAGACAGAAUAACAACAAAAAAAUCCAGAAAAACGCAUGUAAAAUUUUUUAUAAAUUGAGUUGCAUUUUAAUGAGGGAAAUAAGUAUUUGACCCCUCUGCAAAACAUGACUUAGUACUUGGUGGCAAAACCCUUGUUGGCAAUCACAGAGGUCAGACGUUUUCUUGUAGUUGGCCACCAGGUUUGCACACAUCUCAGGAGGGAUUUUGUUCCACUCCUCUUUGCAGACCUUCUCCAACUCAUUAAGGUUUCGAGGCUGACGUUUGGCAACUCGAACCUUCAGCUCCCUCCACAGAUUUUCAGAUUGCUUGGCGAUGGUCUUGUAGGCCAUUCCAGCCUUGUGUAGGUCUUCAAUCUUGUCCCUGACAUCCUUGGAGAGGUUUUUGGUCUUGGUCAUGGUGGAGAGUUUGGAAUCUGAUUGAUUGAUUGCUUCUGUGGACAGGUGUAUUUUAUACAGGUAACAAACUGAGAUUAGGAGCACUCCCUUUAAGAGUGUGCUCCUAAUCUCAGCUCGUUACCUGUAUAAAAGACACCUGGGAGCCAGAAAUCUUUCUGAUUGAGAGGGUCAAAUACUUAUUUCCCUCAUUAAAAUGCAAAUCAAUUUAUAACAUUUUUGACAUGCGUUUUUCUUGAUUAUUUUUGUUGUUAUUCUGUCUCUCACUGUUCAAAUAAACCUACCAUUAAAAUUAUAGACUGAUCAUGUCUUUGUCAGUGGGCAAACGUACAAAAUCAGCAGGGGAUCAAAUACUUUUUUCCCUCACUGUACCUAUGAUAAAAAUUACAGACCUCUACAUGCUUUGUAAGUAGGAAAACCUGCAAAAUCGGCAGUGUAUCAAAUACUUGUUCUCCCCACUGUAUAAUAUUAUCCUACAUGAUGCAACCCUGCAUAAAGCAAGCUCAGCCCUAUUAGUUAUUGUCUAAUUGCACUUGUGCCUGUGUAGCUGACCCCCCCCCCCCCCCCCCCCCGUUAGUCUAGUUUUCAAAUAUAAUUCAUAUGAACAAGUACAAGGUUGCUGCAGGUUUUCAUCCUCUCUAUAGGGCCAAUAGUUUUUCCAGGAGUUUAAAACUAUGUGACCUGAUUAGAAAAACUCUGUUCUCAUCAUAGCCCAUUUGAAACCGUUUUGCAACAUCAUACCCUACACAGAGAUUGACUUUAAGGUCUGAAAGGCACUUUCCUGUCGACCAAGUCGGCAGUAUUUUUGGGUUGCCAGAAAGUGCAGAAAUGCCAUAACAAAGACAGUACAGUAAGAAGAUCGGCAGAAACUGCUUCUCUAAAAGAAAUCCCCAAUCACACUUGUAGGCGAUGUCAUGGCAACAUUGGCUAGCUCAUGUGUAGAAACACGUCAUCGGGUCUAACGGUCGCCUCGCGCUGAACUGCGCAUGUGCAGGCUGUCAAAUCAAAGGCACUACUUCUAUAUAAAGUUGUUUUUGACGAAAAGGAAAACAUGUCAGUUUGUCACUUUCACAAGGUUGGCGUAUUAACAUGUUCAACUACUUAAGACAUUGGCUCGAAUCUAGGUUGUGCCUUUAGAUUUCGAGAAUACACAAAUACCCAACCCUGCCUGGUCUCUUGUCCGCAAUCUUCCAGAAGUUUAAAGCUCUGUUAAUGUAGUCUCUCAAUUAACAUAAAACACUUACUGGCCUCUACUUGACCGUACUGCCGUGAGAGCUCUAUUCAUUACGAACCUGGGUAGCACCGCUAGCGAGAGCUUGCGCUGCGGCUCUGGUUCCUGUUUUUCAAUCGAUGCGCGCUCCCUGUAGAGCACUAGAUGAGUGGCUUGUGUCUGCUCGCCCUGACCAAAAUUACUCCAGUGCAGCAUCUAAAAAGAUGCUUUUGCGACCCCCAGUGUAGCUUGUUAGCUACGGAUUCUUAGUUUGUUGUUUAAAAAAAUCCCUCAUUGACAACCACAGAGCAGCUCACUGCCUGCUGAUAAAUGAAAUUGUCAUCUUUCACUAACAUGGACCACAAAGAUCAUUUAAUAGCCUACGAAAUUCUAGCUCAGUGUAGCUUGGUGCUUGUCCUGGCUCUAGCUGUAAACUCUCUUUGUUAUGUGAAUUUCCAUGUUCAAGAAGGCCUUCUGGAAUAUAAUAUCUAACAUCCUACUGUGAUGUACCGCCAAACCCUCUGAUCCCGUCACAACACACCCCAACACGCUCCGGUAUAUGCAAAAACACUUCCAUUCACCUGUCUAUACACACACAUGUGUAUAGGCAAAUAGCACCCACAAAUAUUAUUUAAUUACACACACAACACACACUUCUUUCUCACACCUGUUAAUUACGUUGUAGCCCAAUCAUAGGUGCUUGUUUUGCCAUCAGUUAGACACUGAUGAUGCUACUAGAAUCUAGAUGUCGUGGGUUUUCCCUUUUCAUACACGCAUGUGCACCACACAUGAUUUGAUACUGUGAGAAUUUCAAGUACUCCUUCCUCUCCUCUCUCUCUCCUCUCUCUCUCUCUCUCUCUCUCUCUCUCUCAGCUUUGAAGGUACUCCAAGUACGUAGGUGGAUGUGACAAAGGCUAUCGACCUGGAACUGAAGGAGACAUUGAGAAUGUCUGACUGCGUAGUGAGAGAGCACAGCCAGGUCAGCCUAGUAUGUUCCAAUGUCUUCAAAUAAUCUGUGCAUCACCCUCAAUCCAUGUCUUCUGCUGUAUCACACCCUUCACUGGGCAUCAGUCCUGUAACAUUACACUAUGGCCUCCAUUUUCCUCAUGCAGGAAAAGCACACGCUGUCUCUCAAGACUAAAAUGAUCAUAACUUUUUUAAUAGAUGGGAUGACACAUUAUCCAAGGCACAUUCGCUAUACUACAACUCCUAAAAUGCACUGGUCAUCUCAUGGCCAUUCCGAUACCCUUGCAACAGCUUUGGAGAAUGCUGCUUCUUGUCUAUGAUGUCAUCUGACUAGUUUUCCUAUCUGUCUUUCAGUGAAGUGUGCUGGAAGCAAGCCUGCUUUCUUUGCUGAGAGACUCAACUUGGCCAUGAAGGUGUGUUUUACAGUUAAACAUAGUUACAGUACGUUUUAGGUACCAGAUAAGAUGUUGCCCUCGGUUGUGUUCAUUAGUGUACGCAACAGAAAAUAUAUUUUUUUACAUUUUUAAAACAAAAAUGAGUUUCUUAUCGGACAAAUUCAGGUAUUCCCUACCUGUUUCUGUCCAUUUUCUACCUAAUGAAUACGUCUCAGUUUUAAGAUUUGGCAAUCUACAGAAGAACUACAGAAGAAAAGGUUUAUGCACAUACUGUACAAGACAGCACAAACAGAUCUGGGUUCAAGCUAAGGAGCUUGCACUAUCUGGUGUAUAUAUCUUCUGUUUGUGUGCCUGUGCUAUACCCCAGGGUAAAGGAACCAGGACCAAGAUUCUGACCCGGGUCAUGGUGAGCCGGUCUGAAGUGGACAUGGCCCGGAUCAAACAGGAGUAUAAGAAGACGUUUGGGAAAAGCCUCUACCAGGAUAUUCUGGUGAGCAAACAUCUCCACUGCCAAAGUGGCAAUAAAAGACAAGGAACUGUUUUCCCCGACCUAGAUUAAGCAUAGUACUAGACCUUAAAGCUUUUUCAACAGAUCCUCCAUUGAGAAUGAGAUUAAAUCCAGGACUAGGCUUAUUCGGGGUCCCUGGUUUUAAGGACAUGCAUCACAUUGUAUGAAGUAUUCAUAUUUCUGGGUCCAAUCCGAGAUGGGCCAUGUGUGAAAUGGGGAAAUAUGGCAUCUGAAAAUAAUUGUCAAAAUAAAUAUUGUUAUAUUAUGGUGUCUAAACAUGAUUUUAUAUUUUGAUUUAUAUUUUGUAGAGUAACUCUGUGCUCUCUCUUACCCCCUUAGGAUGACACCAAGGGAGACUAUGAGAAGAUCCUACUGGCCCUGUGUGGAAGUGACAACUAACUUUCUUUCCUAUCUCACCAGGAGACAGUGACUACCACAGUGCAUGAGUGCCAAUGGAGAAUACUGUACAUGAUGAAACAUUCCCCUCCAAUGCCUCUAUGCUCUUCCCAAAUGCAAAAUAUGUUUCAUGACAACUAUCUGAAAUGGCAGUCCUGAUGUAUUUUUGCUACAUGCUAACAGCAAUGAGCACAGUAAGCAUGUUAAGCAGCAUUGCAUAAUUUAGCCUAGCUUCAGCAGACUUGGUGAUCCAUUCCAUAGUGCAAUAUAUUGCACACUUAACCAUUUUUGUGCCAAGUGGCAUUGUAACCUGGUUGGAUAACUGGUCCUUUGUGAAAAUAAAGCUUUUUAUGUGGAUCCAUA